AUGGAAUGCAUCAUAAAGCUCCCUCAAAGAUUCAACAAAAACAAAUCCAAAAAGAACCCUUUGAGGAUCUUCGAUUCAACGGUUCUAAAUCAUCAACCAGACCAUAUACCUCAAGAGUUUGUAUGGCCUGACCAUGAGAAACCUUCCAAAAAUGUUCCAAUCCUCCAAGUCCCUGUCAUCGACCUCGCAGGCUUCCUCUCCAACGACCCAUUAUUGGUCUCGGAGGCUGAAAGACUCGUCUCUGAAGCAGCAAAGAAACAUGGUUUCUUCCUAGUCACCAACCACGGAGUUGACGAGAGGCUUUUGUCUACUGCCCAUAAGCUUAUGGACACAUUCUUUAAGUCACCGAAUUAUGAGAAACUAAAGGCUCAGAGGAAGGUGGGUGAAACCACAGGCUACGCUAGUAGUUUUGUAGGGAGAUUCAAGGAGAAUCUUCCGUGGAAGGAAACGCUAUCGUUUUCGUUUUCCCCGACGGAGAAGAGCGAAAACUACUCCCAAACCGUUAAAAAUUACAUUAGUAAGACAAUGGGAGACGGAUACAAAGAUUUCGGGAGUGUUUAUCAAGAAUACGCGGAGACCAUGAGCAAUCUCUCUCUAAAGAUCAUGGAACUUCUUGGAAUGAGUCUUGGUAUCAAAAGGGAGCAUUUUAGAGAAUUUUUUGAAGACAAUGAAUCGAUAUUUAGAUUAAAUUACUAUCCAAAAUGCAAGCAACCAGAUCUUGUACUAGGUACGGGGCCUCACUGCGACCCAACCUCUCUAACUAUACUUCAACAAGAUCAAGUCAGUGGUCUUCAAGUUUUUGUGGACAACCAGUGGCAAUCAAUCCCUCCUAUACCUCAAGCAUUGGUGGUGAACAUUGGCGACACUUUAAUGGCUCUAACGAAUGGAAUAUACAAGAGUUGCUUGCAUCGGGCGGUGGUGAACGGCGAGACGACAAGGAAGACACUUGCAUUCUUCCUAUGUCCGAAAGUGGACAAAGUGGUGAAGCCACCAAGUGAAUUAGAAGGUGAGAGAGCGUAUCCCGAUUUUACAUGGUCUAUGUUUCUUGAGUUCACAAUGAAGCACUAUAGAGCAGAUAUGAACACUCUUGAAGAGUUUACAAAUUGGCUCAAGAACAAAGGAAGUUUCUGA